AUGAAUUGUUUACAGCUGAUCUUCGCCGGCGAAUACACAAAGGCGAUGAAUAAGGACUGGCACAGUGAUCAUUUCUGUUGUUGGCAGUGUGAUGGUACGCUAACUGGACAGCGAUACAUCCUCAGGGAUGAACAUCCGUACUGUAUCAAAUGCUAUGAGGAUGUAUUUGCAAACACAUGCGAUGAAUGUGCUAAACCAAUCGGUAUUGACUCUAAGCACAUUGUGAGCAACGAUGUCGUUGCAUCAAAAGUUAUCUAUACCACUCCCGUGCUUGUCUCGGCAUCGAUACAGCAUUGUGCUAAAUGUAGAUCGGAUUUGUCGUACAAAGAGAAGCAUUGGCAUGAGGAUUGCUUUCUCUGCAAUAUGUGCAAAAUAUCACUGGUUGACAAGCCUUUUGGUAGUAAGAAUGAUCGCAUAUUUUGCUCAAAUUGCUAUGAUCAGGCGUUUGCGACCCGAUGUGACGGCUGUAACGAGAUCUUUAGAGCUGGAAUGAAAAAAAUGGAAUAUAAAGGUAAGCAAUGGCAUGAUAAGUGCUUCUGUUGUGCUCUUUGCAAGACACCGAUUGGCACUAAAAGCUUCAUUCCGAAGAACGAAGAGGUUUACUGCGCUACAUGCUACGAAGAAAAGUUCGCUACGAGAUGUUCAAAGUGCAAAAAGGUGAUAAGCACGGGUGGUGUCACCUACAAGAACGAACCUUGGCAUCGGGAAUGCUUUUGUUGUACAAACUGCAAUACGUCAUUAGCUGGACAGAGAUUCACAUCGAAAGACGAUAAACCUUAUUGUGCCAAUUGCUAUGGUGAACUGUUUGCAAAACGCUGCAAUGCAUGUGUUAAACCUAUCACCGGUAUUGGUGGUGCAAAAUUCAUUUCAUUCGAAGAUCGUCAUUGGCAUAAUGAUUGCUUCAUAUGUGCACAAUGUUCAACGUCAUUGGUUGGUAAAGGCUUUAUUACUGAUGGUGCAGACAUUCUGUGUCCUGAAUGUGCUAAGGCCAGGCUCAUGGCUGCCAAUUCCUAA